AUGGCAGUCUUACGGCAGCAACAUCUUCUUUCCACUUUUAUUUGUUGCAUCUUCCUGUUAUCUUGGCUGGGCAGUGGACAACUUGGCAGUAUAUUUUCCUCUACUUUCUACAACAAAAACCGCCCAGGCCGCCUAGCCCCAUUUUUUGAAAAUUUCAUUGUGAUUCUGUGUUAUCGGCUUGAUCUUUCCUCUUCGGGGGGCGGGGAGGUGGAGGGGAAUGAAAUGGAAGAAGGCCAAUGCAUUAUGCAUCCAAGGGAGAAUUAUGCCCCAAUCCCGAAAAUGGAUUUCUCCAACCCUUAA